CCACUGGGGUUUUUUGAAGGGGCCUCCAAAAGGGGGGCCCCUCUACCCCAACGCAAAACUCUUGACAGUCGACCCCGGGAAUUCUAGACCCCUGUCCCUGGGGGAAAGGGCAUUUGUCACCCAAAAAUCCCUUUGGCCACCCCAAACCUCGGGAAAAGAAAAAGGGCACGUCGUCACCAUGCCACCCUCCCAGCUUUCCGCCCAAAAAGGUGCCCACACGCCUUCUCUGGCCCGGGUAGCCCAAAGGGCCCAAACCCGGGCAUGCUGUCCAGUUUUGGCCAAUACCCCGGAAACCGUUUUUGGCCCGUGCGGCAGGGCCCUUCCCACUAUUAAAGGCCCUCCACCUGAUCAUGCUGGUUCAAACGGAAACCCUUACCCAAGUGGGGGCCCGGGAAACCAAAGGACGGGGGGUUUCGGCCCCUUUUUCCAGAAUUUCCGCCUGUACCACCCCUUAGCCUUUAAAAUUUGCCUGGAUGGUGACAAACCCCUGCCCCCCAGCCCUUUGCAACCCCCUGUUGGAAGCCUUCCCGGGCCCCUGGGAAGGGGUCAGGGGCCCCGGGGGCUGGUAAAGGGCCCCUGGGCCACGGGUUGGGCCUUCAGGAAGGCCUCAAAACCCCAAGGCCUCGCCCAGCGCCACCUGCAGGCCCCAAAGGGGGGGGCCCCGAUAAAACCUGGGCCCCCUGGGGGUUUGGGUCCCCCAAAACCCGGGUUUUCAAACCCCCGCCAAGGAUGGUUCCGAGGGGAUCCCCCCCUUCUGAAAGCGCCCACUGGUUUCCGGGCACAAAGCUGCGGGGGCCCCGGGGGUUUCCUGCCACGGCCCCCAGGCAGCCCCAAAGAGCGCCCCAAAAGGUCUCUCCUGGCUUGUUCCCCCGCUCCUCCCCUCACAGCCCUGCAACUGCCACAGGACCAUGCAAGACCAUCUCCUCUUAAAGGACUUGACACUACCGUGAACCAUCGGUGUGAAGUCAUGAUGUGGACCACAAUCACGGUGGUACUAACCUCUGGGGGAAGGCUGCUUGCCCUGAUCUGUACUUCGAUAAAAGUGAGUGGUACAGCAGGUAUGGGUACAGGAUACAUGUUUGCCAUGGACGAUUUGGUCAAAGUUUAA